CCAUUUGCCUCUACUUCCUUGCCUGUGUUGUACGUUCAAUGAUGUUGUUGUGCUCAUUGACAUUGCACAGUCUUAUUUAGUCUUCCAGUAUUUCUAAGUCGUUAUUUUGGCCUCUCCCUUUGGUAUGAGGAGCACAGCUUUGUUCAGAACUUCUGAGUUCAAAAUAGAAUUGAAGUGUUCAAAAUAGAAUUUGUUGUCUAUGGACUGUCAUUUAGGAAGGUUUGCAUUUGUGUCUGACUGGGGACUCCAAAACAUUUUGGUUAUGAGUAAAAUACCUGGUAUUCAAUCCAGCGUUACACAGUAAGCAAUGUGUGCUGCUUGACUGAGCAUUUAAAUUGCUGGAAACAUCUAAAUAUACGUUUUAGUGGCUUUUGAAAAAGUGCUUGUUUGAUUGCAGGGUGCAGUGUGUACUUAUUUAAAAUGGAAUUUGAUUAUGCUGUGAAGUGGAAAAGAAACAGCUACAAAACCCCACAUCUGAAUAAGGAUCAACAAAGCAACACAGUCAUCUGCUUUUAGUUUCAAGCAAGUAAUGAAUUUCAUCCAGAACUGUUGCUUGUUAUUAAUUUUAACAGUGAGUUUGAUGAAGUGGUAGUAGAAGGCUCAGGUAAGUGUUGCAGAAAUGUGACUGAGCUUCUGUAUUUGAGUGUUCUCUCUGGAGCUGGGGCGUAUCUUUCAUGUUGCCCUUAAGUCUCCAGCUAGUUAAGAUGAAGCUAAUCUUGCUCUAGUGACUUUGCACGAGGCAUAUAAGUGAAUGUGGUGCAGCUGAGUGUAAAAGCAGGCCCGUGUCCCACCUGUGUGUGUUUGAUGUAUGACGUGAAACAGAUUCAGAGAGAAUCAGAUGGAGGACAAGUUAGAAUAGGCGGUGCUCUGUUGUGCCUGUGUUGUGUAUCAGCUGCUUUGAUGUGCUCAUUUUGCCCAUUUGAUGGAUCUUAGAGCCCAGCACACACAGUCUGACUUCAGGAUUGAUAGCAAUACAAAUUGUCAGCUGAAUAAGAUGUUAACAUGCAGAGAACGUGCAGAAUUCUGAGCUUGUUGCAGUCUCUUGGAAGGGACCUUCAAAAAAGGUCUCUGACUUACUCUGAAGAUUGCGAUUAUAUUUCACCUGCAGGCCAAAUGUAUUAAACUCGUUAUGCUGCCUUCAAAAAAGGCAGACAGAUCUCAGCCUUUUCAAGCAGAAACAUUGUCUGGAAAUAAUUGAAUGCGUUUUUUCAUCUUUUAUUUCAGUGUUGCAUCAGAAAGUGCUGCGUAUCUAUUGAAGAAAGUGAGUGAUAUUUCCUGGUAGAGUAUUUCCACACUAGUGGUUAGCUGAGGUUGGUGGUCUGGGACAUCAGUCUGUGGCCUUGUGCUACCUCAUGUAUCUCUGUGGUUGUGUACUGUGGAAUUCAGCAGUGCUUUAACUAACACUCGAGUGGACUACCUGGAGGACUUAAUGGAGAGAGUUUUUAAAAACAUGAAAACCGUGUGUUACCUCAUUCAUACAACAGUUUCAUUUUACUUGUUUUGCAGUUUUGUGAUGUGAUCACAAAGGCUGCUGCCUUUAAAAUGACUCCUCCAGCUGCAGUUGUAUUUGAUGCAGCUGGAGGUCUGGGAUUCUAAAGUUGGUGCUGAUUCCCCCUGCGAGGGACUGCUCGGGAAGAUCGUCUGUCAGCUGAGGGAAAGGCUUCUGUGCAAGUUAAACAGUUCUUUAAAUCACAGCUGAUAAUGAGGUUCUGCAGCCUUUUUCUUCUGCUGUGACUGGUGGUAGGAAGCAGGUUGUGUUGUGUGUGUAGGAGGGGUGGCUGCUUUUGGAGAAAUGAGCAGGAAUUUAAGAUGUGCCCACACUGUAUUCACAAGGCAGGGGAAGGCAAGGGAUACAAGUGUGAUCAAAUCCUGUAUGUGUUGUUGGUUUCCUUGAGCAGCGGGGCUGCCUUUGUUGUGACUGAGCAAACAUAGGUCAUGCGUGUGAGGGCUGGGCAGUCAAAGGAGGUGGCACUGGUAUGUCUGUACUCACGUAGCCAAGUAUUUUAUAUUGAAGUUUAUGAGAAUGUUUGCAAACAAGAAAACAAAUCCUAUUUUAAGCUUUGUGUGGGUGAGAAGGAAGGGUAAGCAGUCUGUACUAUGCCAAGGUAUAGCUGGGUCUGUUAUAUAGAAGUCUGUGAUGGAAGCUUUUAUUGUGCCAGUAAAUUCUUAAUUCCUGGUAGUUGCUCUUAAACUUCCACUGCUAUUAGAAACCCAAUUACAGUUCUCAACGCAGGUGAUGGCUUUGCAUUUUAACUGACUUCAUGUGGCUUCCACGGUGCUGUUAACAACAGUGGAAGAAUGGCACUGUUCUGCCCUAAAAGCCGCUGUUGUGAUAACUUUGAAACGUGUACAUGAAGCUCCGAGCUCCCUCACAGCUCUUUCUUUGUAUUGUGUUGUAAUCUUCCUUAACAUUAUAUAAGGAAUGUUGAAGUUAUACUGUUAAAAAUCCUAAAUAAAAUUCUCAAAAGGUGCUGUAAGUAUUUAUUAAAAAAAAAAAAGGGCGACUCAAAACUUGAUGAAAGAUGAACAUAUAUUGCCUCAUGUUCCUUAUUGAUGCACAGGAGCCAGUAUACAAUGAGUCUGUUUGUUGAAGAUCCGUACUAUAGUAUUUAUCAUGCAUAUGCCAACUUAAAAAUACGGCAUCUCUGAAGUAGCACACAGUGUAAAACCAGAGGCAGGGCAGAAUUAAUGUGUAGGUUUGGAGUUUUCCCAUGCGUCUGCCCUCUUGAUCCAGGAGUCUUUGGGAGAUGGGAGCAUGGGUGGGCCUCUUGGCAGUAUUAUUUGCGGUGUUCUGACACAGAACUCAAUGAUCAGGAGAAUUCAUCACUAUCUUUUUUCUUUCCCAUAAACCACAUCAAGUUAUUGGUGAUGAAGAAUGUAUCAUACUGCGUCACAACUUACUCCAAUGCUUUGGCAUUUCAUAAAGACUUGAUUUUAAUCUAUGCCCCAGUUUGUUUCCCUCUGUAAGGUGAGGACUUUGGUAUGCCCCAUUGGCUCUUUUUUACCUGGGCUUCAGUUUGGAAUACCUGUGAAUACAUAUAUAGAUUAAAAAGGAAUCAGUGAAUUGAAUGAUUGUUAAACACAAGUACUGAGAUGUUUUGGAAAACAUUGGUUUCCAGUUCUUUCUUUCUUUUGCUUCUCUGGUUGCUUCCUGCUUUAAUUAACAGCUUGGAAUAUGAGCACUACGUACACCUCACUGUUAUUAAUCUGUUCUUAUCUCAAGUAGUCUGUGAAAUAUUUGGGUUUGGUUUUAAUUGUAAUACAUUCUAUAUAAAAGAACUUGCAUAUUAUUAUAAAACAUCCAGAAAGGACUCUGUAAUUCUCACGUGUGCUUUCAGUUAAUUUUACAGAAUGUCCAGGAUGAGAGAAAACAUAUACUUCAUUCUCUUACUCUUCCAUGAAAAAGUAAAAGCAGAGUGUGGCCGAACUGUGACAGGAGUGGAGGAGUGAUUUGUAGGACUGUGAUUUGAAUCCUGAAGCUUUGUAAUGUUCAUUUUCUUCAUACUUUUUUUUCACUGCUAACUCUGACUGCACAAAACAAUACUUCAGUUAUUUUCAAGGGAGAAAGUUUUACUUAGGCUGAGUUCCUCCUUCUCAUAUCACUGUCAUUUGGUUCAAUGUUUAAAACACCCCAAAGCCUCUUCCUGUUUGUUACCACUAAAACAAGCGUGCGACUCUUCUGUGGCUUCUUCUGCCUUAGCUUUGGCCUCUCUUCCUGAGUAGAUUAAUUCUGUAAUCAGAACAGGCAUUUCUGUGGUCAGCGCUGUUCCUGUUCUCCCCCAGAUACCUAAUAGUUUCCUAAAAUGACUGGGUGAAUUCAGUGGAAUAAAUGGCGUCCAAAGUAACUGAUGCUAUAGUUUGGUACCAGAAAAAGAUUGGGGCAUAUGAUCAACAAAUAUGGGAAAAAUCAGUAGAACAAAGAGAAAUCAAGUUUAUUAGACUGGGUUUGAGAAACAAACCAAAGAAAACAGGACAUGUAAAACCAGACCUCAUAGAUGUUGAUCUUGUACGAGGAUCUGCUUUUGCUAAAGCAAAACCUGAAAGUCCUUGGACAUCUCUGACCCGCAAAGGAAUCGUGAGAGUUGUUUUCUUUCCAUUCUUCUACAGGUGGUGGCUACAAGUGACAUCAAGAGUCAUCUUUUUCUGGCUGCUUGUUCUUUACCUUCUUCAAGUUGCUGCUGUAGUGUUAUUCUGUACAGCCCAGAGCCCACAUAAUAUACCUCUGACUGAAGUAAUUGGGCCAAUAUGGCUCAUGUUGCUACUUGGAACUGUACACUGUCAGAUUGUUUCAACACGAACCCCUAAGCCUCCUCCCAGCACAGGGGUUAAAAGAAGAAGGAAAUUAAGGAAAGCAGCACAUUUGGAAGUACAUAGGGAAGGAGAUGGCUCUAGUACCACAGAUAACACACAGGAGGGAACAGUGCAGAGCUACGGUACAAGCACCUCUUACAGUAUUGGCGCUGUCUUCAGAGAUAUCUGGCAUGCCGCUUUCUUUUUAUCAGGAUCUAAGAAAGCAAAAAACUCAAUAGAUAAAUCCACUGAGACUGAUAAUGGCUACGUGUCCCUUGAGGGGAAAAAGACAGGUAAAAGCAGUGAAGAAUGUGCACAGGCCCAGGAGCGUCUCUGUGAGGUGAUUAAGCCAGAAGAGUCAGGCUGGAGCACCACGACCAUGAGAGAGACCUUCAGCACCCCCAUCCAUCACAAGGAGACUCACAGGACCGUGACAAAUUUAUCAGAUGAAGUUUCUAGUGAGGAAGGGCCUGAAACCGGAUACUCCUUACGCCGCAAUGUAGAACGCACUUCUAGUGAUGGCACGCUUCGAAACAGAAAAUCUCACCAUUAUAAGAAACACUAUCCUUUGGAGGAUACACCUAAAUCAGGUACUAGCUGCAGUUCUCGGUGUUCAAGCUCCAGGCAGGAUUCUGAGAGUACAAGGCCGGAAUCAGAAACUGAAGAUGUGUGGGAGGACCUUCUACACUGUGCAGAGUGCCACUCUUCCUGUACUAGUGAGACGGAUGUAGAAAGUCCUCAAAUGAAUCCAUGUGUGAAGAAAGAAUAUAGAGAUGACCCGUUUCAUCAGAGUCACUUGCCUUGGAUCCACAGUUUGAAUCCAGGACUAGAAAAAAUAAGUGCAAUUGUAUGGGAGGGGAAUGACUGCAAGAAAGCAGAUAUGUCUGUGCUUGAAAUCAGUGGUAUGAUCAUGAACAGAGUGAACAGCUACAUACCAGGAAUUGGUUAUCAGAUUUUUGGAAACAUCAUAUCUUUAAUCUUGGGUUUAAUGCCAUUUGUGUUUCGACUUUCCCAAGCUAAAGAUUUGGAACAGCUAGCUGCACAUUCUGCCACUGAACUUUGCAUUACAGCAUUUGGAUCAAAUGGAGACAUACUGGUUCUCUCAAUGGUUGUUAUAAGUUUUGUAGUCCGUGUGUCUCUAGUCUGGAUUUUCUUUUUCCUGCUGUGUGUAGCAGAGAGAACUUACAAACAGAGGCUACUUUUUGCUAAACUUUUUGGUCAUCUAACAUCUGCCAGAAGGGCAAGAAAAUCAGAGGUUCCUCACUUCCGUUUGAAGAAAGUACAGAAUAUAAAAAUGUGGCUUUCUCUCAGGUCCUAUCUAAAGCGUCGAGGUCCUCAGCGCUCAGUUGAUGUAAUAGUUUCAUCUGCCUUCCUCCUGACCAUCUCAGUUGUAUUUAUCUGUUGUGCACAGCUGCUUCACAUGCAUGAGAUCUUCCUUGAUUGUCACUACAAUUGGGAACUAGUAAUCUGGUGCAUUUCACUAACACUUUUUCUAUUGAGAUUUGUUACUCUUGGAUCUGAAACCAGUAAAAAAUACAGCAAUACCUCAAUAUUACUUACUGAGCAGAUAAAUUUGUACUUGAAAAUGGAGAAGAAGCCUAAUAAGAAGGAGGAACUGACACUAGUGAACAAUGUUUUAAAACUUGCCACUAAGUUACUGAAGGAACUGGACAGUCCAUUUAGGUUAUAUGGGCUUACAAUGAAUCCACUCCUUUAUAAUAUUACCCAAGUUGUCAUCCUGUCUGCUGUUUCUGGUGUCAUCAGUGACCUGCUUGGAUUUAAUCUAAAGCUCUGGAAGAUCAAAUCUUGAUAAUAUGUUAAGACGACGAGAUAACAGUGUUAUAGAAGAGCUCAUUCACUGACAAAACUGCCUCAAAGCAGCCACUGAAUCUGUAUUUCAGAAGCUACAACCUCUUCAAGGAUGUUGUUUGGAAAACUGAAGUGUUUACAUCUGACUGUCUUGUGCAAUCUUAGUAUUUAUUUCAUCUUCUCACUUUUAUUUUCAUUUCAGUUGACAUUUUUAUUUUGAAAAAUAUGUGUUUAGAUUUGGAAAGGAUCAGAUUUGGGAAGGUCAAAAACCAAGUGUCUGACAACUUGAAAUCCUAGCAAUUGAGUACACUAAAUUACUGUAUUUGUUGUUAAAGCUGAAGCCGGCGUUGAACAUUUUUAGUUGUGGUAGUGCUGUAUGGAAGUCAUUUGAGUUUUGAUUAAGUGUGGUAACAUGGCUUAGGAUUUUUUAUUUGCACCGAUCGUUUAUGAGGACAACAGAACAUCAAUAGAUGUUUGGUUGCAAUAAAGAGGACAUAAAAGAUAAAGUACUGACAAUACAGUAUGACAGAUAGCAGAAAUAUUUUAUAUUACUAUUAGAAACAAGCAGGAGUUUUUAAUAUUUUGAAUAAUUCCAGGAUCGAAACUGAUUUAGGCUGCAGUUUAAGUAUCCUGGGAUAGUAAUAAGGUAUUACAUAACAGGUCAACAAGUGCUCUUUGUUAACACUUUUAUUAGAGCAAUAAUUGUAAAUGGUUAUCAUACUGUAUGAUAUUUUGAUAAAAAUUAAAUAUUGUAUUUAUUUGAAAUACUGGGCUGUUCUGCGCAGCUCUGACUGUGCAUGCUCAAUAUCUGCACUUUUUAUUGUUACUUUUAAUGAGAAACUUUAUAUAUAUAUACAUAUAAAUGUAUAUUAAUUGGAAUAUAUUAUGGUGAACGAUGGAGCAGUAUAUAUUAUAUGUUAAAGCUAAAUAUUUAAAUAGGCAAAAGACUUACUGGUGGAAGGAAUGCUAUAAAUGACUGAGCGUAAGAUAGAUGCUCUCCUGAUGUACACUAUAGUAUAUGCCAUUCAUACCACAUGGAAGUUUAAGAACAGCUAAACAGCAAACAAGUUAUUCUGGUGGACAACAGAAUGCAUGAAGCCUCAUAUUCUCAUAUUUGUCUUCAGAUUAAUCUCCUUUGCCCUACGUCUCCCCAGCAUGGGGUAUUCCCUCAUGCUUUCCCAGUGAGUGUGAGGCUCUCCCCUACCUUCUGACACUGUCUCUCACGUGAACUGCUCGUAUUGACUCAUUAUGAAUGUUCACCUCAUAUAAUUAAUUUGUAAGUGGAAAUUUUGUUUCAAGUAACUUAUGUUAGGAGAAUUAAUAUCACUAGGCCUAAGUAUUCUUCUAUUUUUUUGUUUCUAAAUAAUGGCUUCAUACUGAAAAGCGGUGAGUAAUUAUCAGAGGUGGGGCAUUACACUGUAUUUGUUGAUCUUCAGAACCUUUAAACAUUUACAGUAAUGCAUCUUAAACUUCUGUGGUAUAAAACUAUUUUUAUAUAUAAAGCAACACAAACAAGCAUUUUGUAUUUUAUUUGCCUCUGUACUAAUGUUUAUUAAUGACCAAAGUGCAUUCUGGUUUUUGAAAGAAUGUAUUACUGGAGCUUUAAGAACAUACUGUCUUUAGUUUCUCAUGUGGAAACUUCGGCUGCAUCUGAUCUGUUUCUUCUUUUUCUGUUGUCUGACGUUGGGAUUGUUUUUAAAAAUUAAGUACAUUUUAUAUACAGGUUUUUCCAAAUUAUGGUACAGACCUACACAGAAUUUAAUUUUGCACAAAAUAUGUUUUAAGAAGAAAGUGCAGCAGGAGUUCUCUAGGGGAUAGAAGAUGAGGCUGUUGCUUUUACAGCUUGUCACUAUUUCAAAACCACUCUUCAAUUUAGGAUGGAAUUAUUUGGGGGGGAAAAAAAAAAUCUUAAACAGUGAAUAUACUGCUUUCAGUACCUUAAGGAAAAAAAAAAAAGAAGGUGGGAAUAUGUUGCAGUUUCGGUUGAAUGGGAAAUUAGUUUAACCACAUAUACCUCAGCAACUAUCACUGUGCUGGAUUGUUGCACUAACAAUGGUUUCUUGGGAAGAGUAAAAUAUGUGUGAAAUGAAAUUAAAAAUAAUAAAAACCUUUUAUUUGCUA